AGCCAAAGUCAUUGGCUAACACCCCCGUGCCAGCCUCGACAUCAUGUAGUUGAGGCAACGGAGCGGAGGACGGAAAGGGAAAGCAGCAAAGCAGCAAAGCGUCAGUUUCGGAAGCCGCCUCGAAGUGGAGGACGGAUUUUCGCGGUGAGCUCCGCCGCCACACGACGGGACGCAAGGCGAAUAACAACCAGGAGAUUAACCGUCUCGGUUUGUCGUCGAGAACAUCAAUUUCCUGGCCGGGUGAGACGACCACAACACGGUGUCGCCUCCAGACAAGCAACGUCCAGGAUGAACCACUUAUCCUUCAGCGAGCUUUGUUGCCUCUUCUGUUGUCCGCCGUGCCCCAGCAAGAUAACGGCCAAACUAGCCUUCCUGCCCCCCGAGCCCACCUACAGCCUCAUGUGUGACGAGAGCGGCAGCCACUGGUCCCUGCAUCUCUCCGAGCGCGCCGACUGGCAGUACUCGUCCCGAGAGAAGGAGGCCAUCGAGUGCUUCAUGACGCGCACCUCUAAGGGCAACCGCAUCGCGUGCAUGUUUGUGCGCUGCUCGCCCAACGCCCGCUACACACUCUUAUUCUCCCAUGGAAAUGCAGUGGAUUUGGGCCAGAUGAGCAGCUUCUACAUCGGCCUGGGUUCUCGGAUCAACUGCAACGUGUUCUCCUACGACUACUCUGGUUAUGGCGCCAGUUCGGGGAAACCCUCAGAGAAGAACCUGUAUGCUGAUGUCGAUGCUGCCUGGCAGGCGCUGCGCUCACGGUACGGUAUCCGUCCAGAGAACGUCAUCGUGUAUGGCCAGAGUAUUGGAACGGUGCCUUCUGUGGACCUGGCCUCUCGCUAUGAGAGUGCCGCAGUGAUCCUGCACUCGCCGCUCACCUCCGGCAUGAGGGUGGCCUUCCCUGACACCAAGAAGACUUACUGCUUUGACGCCUUCCCCAACAUCGACAAGAUUUCCAAGGUGACGUCGCCAGUCCUGGUCAUCCACGGCACGGACGACGAGGUCAUUGACUUCUCCCACGGCCUGGCGCUGUACGAGCGCUGCCAGCGCCCCGUGGAGCCGCUGUGGGUAGAAGGGGCCGGGCACAACGACGUGGAAUUGUAUGGACAGUACCUGGAACGGCUCAAGCAGUUUGUGGCGCACGAGCUGGUCAACCUGUAGUGAAGCCGAGUAACCGAAGCUGUGGAGAAAACACCGGUGGUACAUGUUUUGGUUUAUCGUUACCUUGCUCUUUUUCUUGUCGUGUGGGAUACAGGUGCUGUUUUUCUCCUUUUUUUUUGGAAGUUUUGGUGGUAGAAUUGAUCAUAAGCCACCUGUCCAGUUCAGGCCAGCCCCGGAGCCUAACCGUACCGUCCACUCCUCAGCUGUGAACUUGAAACACUAACUUCUACUUUUGUUUGUUUUUGAACAUCUUGCACAAUUGCACAAUGCUCAAGCGAGCGCCUCGCGUGUGAACCGCCUGUGUACGUGUGCAUACGUCACAUUUUUGCUGCCUUUUUGCAAACCAUGCUCCUCAGUUCCGAAAGGACACCUCUGAGGUUCUUGGUACUGGACUUGGACUCCAAUAGUGUAAUUAUUAUUUUUGUAUUAUUAUUACAGUACGUUUGUAUAUAUUAUACAUGAUAUUUGCACAUAUCAGCUGUCACUGAAGACGUGUGUGAGACAAAAGGGUGUUGCCAAAUGUUUAGUAUAAUAUAUCGCAAAGAACUCCUUCCUGUCUUUUUUUUUUCCUCACUCUUGCAAGUUCUCCAUGAAAUAUUACUGUAAGAUCAGCUUCACUAUGCAGCAGUUUCUCAGAUGAACAAUUCCCAGAUCCUGCUUUUCUUUGGGUUGUAGAAUGUUGAAUCCAUAUAUAAGUCAGGGCUGUCCGAACUACGGCCCGCAAGAUGUCCUUAGUUUAGUAAAGAAUCUGGCCCGUGGGGUGUUUUCAAAUGUGUUUAAAAAAAUAUGAAUUGGGUCAUAUAUAUUUUAAUGACCCAAACAACCUCCCUUAGUCAUGGCGCAAAAAAAAUGUGACCAACACCAAAAGUCAACACACUUAUCACAACCUGCUCGCUGAACUUUGUGGAUGUUAUAAAAAAUGACCAAGCACUAUACAUAAUUCAAAAUUAUGCCCAGUGCAUGAUGGGAAAAAUGCAAAACGCUCUCUCCACACUUCAUUUGACUUUGUUGUAGGUAAUUGAGAUUAAAAUCUCUUUUGCACACUUAUCAAUGUUAGGCCCAUUUUAGCUUUUUGACAUUUUUGAUUGAUUACAAAACUUUAAGAAGGUCGUCACAGAAGUAAACACGGUAGAAGUCCAACUUUCACAUAUUCUUCGUAUCUGAUUAUAUGAAAUAUAUAUCCAUUAUAUUAAUAUUGUGUGUGUGUGUGUGUGUGUGUGUGUGUGUGUGUGUGUGUGUGUGUGUGUGUGUGUGUGUGUGUGUGUGUGUGUGUGUGUGUGUGUGUGUGUGUGUGUGUGUGUGUGUGUGUGUGUGUGUGUGUGUGUGUGUGUGUGUGUGUGUGUGUGUGUGUGUGUGUGUGUGUGUGUGUGUGCACCUGCAGUCAUCUUUCGGCCCCCGGCCAAACUUUUUUUUUUUUUUUAGCCCAAUGUGGCCGCCAAGUCCAAAGGUUUGGACCCCCCUGCUAUGAAUAUUAAAGAUAUUGCUUGUAUUUACUUUGUCUUUUUAUAUAAUGAAGUAUAUGUACCACUAAUGCCAAUCAGGACCUGAUUUGGUGCCUGGAGUAGAUUUUCCGUUCAGGAAGUUUGUCUUUUGCAUAUCUAAAAACCGAUUAAAUCAACUCCACAGUGCGUACAAACUCAACAUAAAUACUGUAUGCCUCUUUUUUUUUCUUUCUCUUUGUGCCUGCAUGCCAUUUUUGCUGCCAUUGUUUCAUGUUGGCUUGCCCUUUAAUGGUGAGCGAGACAAAACGUCAUACAGUUGUAUUUCAAUGCACUAGUGAUGACAUUUACUCUCAGAGCGCCGAUAAACAGAGGUCAAAGGUCAUGGCUAGUCCCUCAUUGUUUCCCAGUCUGCAAACGUUGUGCUACUGUAACUUAAUAGCACACGUUUGUUUCUGGACUUUGUAAAUACUACAUUGUUUUCCUUCUACAACCUUUUUGCCGUCAUCUCUGUAACACUUAUUUAAUACUUGAUCUUCAUACGAGUCAUCUCUGAUUCCGUGUUUUUUAUACUGCAUAUUUCUAGACAGCUGGGACUUGAAAUGUAAUAUUAAAAACUGCAGUAACUCCGAUGUGGAUCGAAAAAAUAAAG